AUGUCAUUUGUAACUGCUUGCGACGGUACUUCCAAAUUUACGGCACCAUUAUCAUUACCACCAUCUUUUAACAGCUUCGGCAUCACACAGAACAACAAGAUGAAGAAGGGCUUGGUGUUAGGUUAUUGGAGGUUUAUUAACACUAGAAGGAAUGUGAUUGUUAAGGCAUCAAGCGACGUUGCUUCACCAUCCAUCUGGGAGAACUGGAAACCUCCCAAAUCGUUUCCUACUCUUUCCUUCAGCGGUAUUCUAUGGCCUUACGCAUGUGCAUUUGUAGCGGUGGCCAUAUUGGGAAAACUGGAUCAGUUAUUGACACCAAAAGGACUCUCAAUCACAGUUGCACUAUUAGGAGCAGUUUCUGCACUCUUAUUUGCCUCACCUUCAGCCCCUUCUACACGGAAGUACAGUAUGUUGAUGGCUCAAAUAGGUUGUGCAGCCAUUGGUGUUUUAGUGUUUACUAUGUUUGGACCUGGAUGGCUUUCCAAGGGUCCUAGUGUUGCAGCUUGUGUUGCCUAUAUGAUUUACACCGUCGGACGAUUCCAAACCCCACACCCACAGUAUACCGUUCCUGAAUCCGAGACUGUCAUACAAUUACAUAUUAGAGCCAGGUCUUAG